GAAACUUCCAGCACUGGUCGUAAACACGAUUUUGAUUUACCUCAGUACGCACGUCCGUUUAAUUCAAAUAAAUAGUAAAUAUUUAACAACCAUUUGUACGAAGAACUUCAACAACUACACUUAACUCGCAAGUUAUUUUGUUAUUUUUUAAAUUUGUGUUGUUUUUGUAUUUAAAUUGCGAAAACUUUAUCGUGACUACAAAGUUUCUUUUUGUAUUCCGAUCGAGACCAGUUGGCAGCACCGUCCAAAUAACGGCGCUAAUCGUGUUCUUUUGAUUUUUUCUUUCGCUUUGACGUCUUUUCGCGUUUACUCCUCUUUACCUUAUUUCCUUUCCCCUGCCAAAACAAAAAGCGGACCCAUAAAAUGUGUGACGCAGCGAUUCCUGUAAAGCCAUGGCAGUUGUCCGGAAUAUCGUACAGCAGUGGAAUUUCAGCGCUCUGCUUGCUGAACCUGGAGAUCGAACAGUUCUACAGUUACAUCCAGUCCACGCCAACAGAAUUCUUUUUGCGGGCGGAGGCAGUGCGACGCAUCGAGGACGUGGCGCUUUCACUCUGGCCAGGCGCAUGCGUGGAGGUUUUUGGCUCAUUCCGGACUGGACUAAACUUGCCGGAUUCGGACAUAGAUUUGGUAGUUCACAACGGUUACUACUGGAACCCCAGGGUGCUGCAUGAGCUUCAAAAUGAACUUGUUUGCCAGGGGGUCACAGAUCCUGACACCGUGAGUGUCCUCGACAAGGCCUCUGUGCCGGUGGUGAAGUUCACGGAGCGCGUCUCCCGGAUAAAGUUCGAUGUGACAUUUAAUGCGGCCGCCUCUGGCGUUAAGGCCGCUGAACUUAUUAAGGACUUCAUUCGCCAGUUUCCCGAGUUGCCCAAGCUGGUUAUGGUGCUUAAACAGUUUCUCAGCCUUCAGGGGCUUAACGAGGUAUACAGUUUCGGUGGGGUCUCGUCCUACGCCCUCACUCUUAUGGUCAUUAGCUUCCUUCAGCAACAGGCGCGCAGUAAUAAGCGAUACAAUGUCAACAAUAAGCUUGCCCUGCUGCUCAUCCAGUUUUUGGAAUACUACGGCCACAAGUUUGACUUCUUUAAGUACGGGAUCUCCGUUCUCGGUGACGGCGGAUGCGUCGAAAAAGAGCGACUUCGAUCCACGCUGGGAGAGAAUAAUUGGCAGUCAGUACUUAGUAUAGAGGAUCCUGUGACACCGACUAAUGAUAUUGGAAGAAGCUCAUAUGCUGCUCUGCAUGUGAUGCAGGAAUUCGAAUCUGCCUUCUUAAAGCUUUCCAAGCUAGUGGACUCCGAUUCUACCAAGAUUGUAGGUCCCAUUUUGGACAAAAUUGUGGAGGUACCACAAUCAAUGGUCAAUUAUCGGGCCUGGGUGCACUACAAUUUCCAGUACUUGACGGUUCCCGGAACCUCUAGUCCCAGCCCCAUUGGAGAAACCACGCACACAGGCUCCUCCACUUCGGCCUCCGAGGAUGAGCGCUCAGACGGCCAGUUGACAGCCCGGAACGGAUUCCGCCGUUGCGGAGAUGGUCCGCCCCAGAACCUAGACUUAGAUGCCACAUUGGCUAACCUUAAGUUAAAUUAAGUAUUUUAACAUUUAGCUACUGGUGAUUUUACUUCUAUACUUCUAUAGUUUUACAUUUUAUUUGCAUACAAUUAUGCUCGGCAUAUGAAAUCUAAAAAAAUGCAAUCUUAGGCUGCAUUUUGCAUUUUUUAUCUAUUAAUUAAGAACUAAAAUUAUACAAAAAAAGGCCACCUGCCAAUGUAGUUAAUUUUAGUGACUAAACGUAUUCAAAUUAACAAUAAAAGAAUGUAAAGCCGUAUCGUACUUGUGACAUAUUACAAAUAAAAUAAAAUGUAUGCCGUAAAA